AUGAGUGGUGGGUUUGAACCAGAUCCAGAUGAUGAGGAGGAAGAUGAGGAAGAGGAAGAUGAUGCUGUAAUAGCAGAAUUAGCCCUCAAUACCCCAGUACCACCGGCAUCCGCUUUCUCGAAUCGAAAUGUACCAAUCGAUUUAUCUCAAGACUCUCCCAACUCUUCUCCAACUCGUCAAUCAUCUAGAAUCAAGAAAAACUCAGUCUUACAAUCUAAUAAAGAUUUAACUUUGAUUCGAUCUCCAACUCGUUCAGUGUCUGUUCUCAAAGAUUUAGAAAGUCAAUCUAAACCUACUCCAAGUUCAAGCCUUUUACAGUCUCGUCCGAUUUCUUCGUUUAAACCUAUUUCAAUUCCUUUUGUGGCAGUUCCAUCUAUACGAAAGACAAGCCCACAUUUAACUUCACCACUUCCUUCAACACCUACAAGAUCUAGAACAAGGGCAGUCGUAGGAAGGACAAAUCCAACACCAUCAACUGAGCUUUCGAAAACUGCAACAGGUACUACACCAAAUGAACUCACCAACAUAACUAAAACUCCAACGAAAAAUUCUAAAACUAAAAGGAAAGUUUAUAGUAAAGAGAUUGUCUUACCAUUACUUCAUUCUCUAUUACCACAUCUAUCAGGAACAUCACCAUUACCGAUCGAAUUUCCUAAUCCAGAUGAUGGUGAGGAGGUCAUUGAUAAGAAAUUAAUGUUAAAUGAGAUUGAAUGUUUAGUUGGAUUAGAAGAAACCGAAUUAGAGUUAAGGAUGGUCUUGAACCGAACGAUUGUUGAACAUGAAGGAAACGUCUUGUUGUUAUGUGGAGGAAGAGGGAGUGGAAAAACAGCUAUUGUGAAUAGGACAUUAGGUUUGUUUGAAGAUCCUAAGAUGUUUGGACUUAAUAGUUUUAUUACGAUCAGGUUGAAUGGAUUGAUUCAAACGAAUGAUAAGUUAGCAUUAAGAGAAAUGUCAAGACAAUUGAUCAUAGCACUUAAUACAGAAAAGAUUGAAAACUUAGGAUUAUCAUCAGAAGAAGUAGUAGGAAAUCGAGAAGAAGAAGAAUUGAUGAUCGUUGAAGAUGGAACAAGUUUUAAUACGUAUGCAAAAACUUUAAAGAAUUUAAUUUAUUUACUUGAACCACCAUCAGAGGAAAGAUCAGAGGGUGCUGAGGUUUCGAAAACCUUGGUGAUCGUUUUGGAAGAGUUUGAUCGGUUUACUUUACUUGAUCGUCAAGCUUUUUUGUAUACUUUAUUGGAUAUUGUUCAGGGUAAUAAAAGAAGAGGUGGGAUUUGUGUGAUUGGAACGACUGCUGUGGUGGAUUGUUUAGAUAGAUUAGAAAAAAGAGUCAAGUCUAGAUGUCAAUCUAGAAUCCAAUAUUUAUUUUCCCCAAAAACGUUAAUCGAAAGAAAAGAAUUAAUUAAAUCCUUAUUAAGUUUAAAGCACAAUCAAGUUGAAAAGAUCAAAACAGAUGAUGAAGAAAAUCAAAAGAUGAUAAAGAGUUUUGUACAACAAUGGAAUGAAGAACUUGAGGGGUGUUUAGAGUUCAAUGAUUUGAAGGUUUGGUUGGAGAAUUUGUUUGGAUUGGUUUCGGAUGGGGUUCCUAAGGUUUUACAAGAAUUAAAUCAAUUAAUCAGUACGAUUUCAUAUAACCUAACCAAUGACGAAACCAUUGAAUUUCCAAUCCUAAGCCACUCAUCUCCAUUCAAACCAUCUACAAUCCCAACGAAAAAAACUAAUAAUUCAAUCAAAAAACCUAAACCGAUAGUAUGGUGGAUGGAAUGGAAUUUGUUAAGUAGUAUUGAGUUAACGAUUUUGAUUGCUUCUAAACAUUUGAGUUCGGUUUAUGAGAGUAGAAUGUUUAAUUUAGAGAUGUGUUGGGAUUCUUAUCGAAAACAUUUAAAGAGAAUGGUUUUGAAUGAAGAUGAGAUUGGUACAGGAGGAAUUGGAGGAAUUGGAGGAAGUGGGUUUGGAGAUGAUCGGAAGAAACUUGUGGGCGUUGGGGUUGGUAGGUCCCAGGUUUAUGGUCGGGAUGCAUUUGAGAUGGGAUGGGAAAGAUUAAUGAAAUUAGAAAUCUUAUUACCCAUCAAACCAUUGAACGAAUCGAAAUUGUCGAAUUCUAAUCAUGAAAAUCAUCAAAACGGAUUGAUUGGAAGCCGAUUUGAUUAUGUUAGAUUGAAGGGAUUUGGCUUUACAUUUGAAGAGGUGGUGUAA